AUGACAGGGACAGUGACAAGGGCUGGAGAAGCAGGAGGUGAGCACAAGACCCUCGCGGAGACCCUCGACCCGACAAGAGCCCCAGGCAUCUAUACCCGAUUCCAUUUUCAGUUCUGGCUCAAAUCCCGGGGGGUUGGUAGGGAGGGAGGCUGGGCUCAGUGGCCUGGGCUGACCGCGGGCGCGGGGACAGGGUCUCAUACCCUCCAAUGGAUACACAGCUGCGACCCGGACCCGGACUGGAGCCUCCUCUGCGGGUAUGAACACACCCUACGAUGGCACGGUUACCUCGUCCUAAACCAGGAACUGCACUAAUGGACUGCAGCGGACAAGGCAGCUCAGAUGUCCUGGCGAAGGAACAAACCCGCGGGGCAGGAAUUCCGAGUCCGGGCCUACCUGGAGGGCGAGUGCCUGGAGUGGCUCCGCAGAUACCUGGAGAACGGGAAGGAGACGCUGCAGCGCGCGGACCCCCCCAAGACACAUGUGACCCACCACCCCGUCUCUGACCAUGAGGCCACCCUGAGGUGCUGGGCCCUGGGCUUCUACCCUGCGGAGAUCACACUGACCUGGCAGCGGGAUGGGGAGGACCAAACUCAGGACACGGAGCUCGUGGAGACCAGGCCUGCAGGAGAUGGAACCUUCCAGAAGUGGGCAGCUGUGGUGGUGCCUUCUGGAAAGGAGCAGAGAUACACCUGUCAUGUGCAGCAUGAGGGUCUGCCCGAGCCCCUCACCCUGAGAUGGGAGCCGUCUUCCCAGUCCACCAUCCCCAUCGUGGGCAUCAUUGCUGGCCUGGUUCUCCUUGGAGCUGUGGUCACUGGAGCUGUGGUCACUGCUGUGAUGUGGAGGAGGAAGAGCUCAGGUAGAAAAGGAGGGAGCUACUCUCAGGCUGCAAGCAGUGACAGUGCCCAGGGCUCUGAUGUGUCUCUCACGGCUUGUAAAGUGUGAGGCAGCUGCCUUGUGUGGGACUGCGAGGCAAGGUUUGUUCCCGCCUUCUCUUUGUGACUUGAAGAACCCUGACUUUCUCUCUGCAAAGGCACCUGAAUGUGUCUGUGUUCCUGUAGGCAUAAUGUGAGGAGGUGGGGAGAACACCCCAUCCCCGUGUCCACCAUGACCCUCUUCCCCACGCUGACCUGUGUUCCCUCCCCAUUUAUCUUUCCUGUUCCAGGGAGGUGGGGCUGGGAUAUCUCUAUCUCUAUCUCAACUUCAUGGUGCACUGAGCUGUAACUUCUUCCUUCCCUAUUACAAUUAGAACCUGAGUAUAAAUUUACUUUUUCAAAUUCUUGCCAUGAGAGGUUGAUGAGUUAAUUAAAGGAGAAGAUUCCUGAAAUUUGAGAGACAAAAUAAAUGGAAGACCUGAGAACCUUCCAGA